CCCAUAUCCGGCUGCAUGACCAGCUGAUCGGAAGUAGUACCAGGGAAGCAUCGAUCUUCAGGCCGGCAGUUGUCCGCAACCGGUCGUCUUGACUCCGCAGCAUAUAAAGCCGCGUAUCCAGACGGGCAGAGUGGGAUCAUGAACCACUGGAUCCAUCAUCAAUCGCCAUGGCCGACUCAACAACCAUCCUUUUCGUACCCGGCGCCUGGCACAAUCCAGACUGUUUUGACCUUGUCGUGCAAGUCCUCGAAGCCGCCCACUACAAGACCGACAAGGUGCACCUCCCCUCCGUCAACGCGCCCACACCCCUUCUCGACUUCGCCCCCGACGUCACCCAGAUCCGCACGCAGAUCGAAAAAGCCGCAGACGCAGGCCGGAAAGUGCUGGUGGUUGUGCACUCGUACGGAGCACUGCCAGCAAACGAAGCAAUCAGGGGCUUAGAAAUGGCGACACGGAAGUCCCAAGGCCUACCCGGCGGCGUCUCGCACUUAUUCUUCUGCUGCUCGUUCGUCAUCCCGGAGGGCGAUUCGCUGAUCAGCGCGUUUGGGGGGAACGAUCUUCCGUGGUUCUUGGUUGCGGAGGACCGCUUGCUAGUUGACCCCGACACGCCGGAGUUCGUGUUCUAUAAUGACUGUGAGGAGGGCCAAACUAAGAGUGCGGUCGCGGCGCUGCGGACGCACAGCUAUCAGACUUUCCUCUCUCCUUGUACCUAUGCGGCGUGGAAGCAUGUCCCCAGCACGUAUCUGUACUGUCUGCGGGACGAGGCCAUUCCGAUGGCCGUGCAGAGGAUGAUGGUGGAGGAGACUGCUAAGGGGUAUGAUAUGCGUACGGAGACUCUGGACGCGUCGCAUAGUCCUUUCUUUAGUAUGCCGGUUGAUAUGGCCGAGGCGAUACGGCGCGCUGCGGAGAGGGGGUAGUUGAUUGUCGACGCUGUUCUUGAUGAUAUGUGUUCGGACCAUGGAGGCAAAAGAAGAACUCCACUUGCCGUGGCCCUGGGGAUGGUCCAGCACUGUCAACAAUAA